GGAAGCGGUGGUUGGUGUUCCUGCGUCCCUUUCGUUAGAAACAAUCUAAAUAAAUGUUGGUGAAGCAUGGCGUCAUCUCCGCCUUAACACGAUCCACUUCAUAUUCACUACCUUCUUCUUCUUCUUCUUCAAGUGUCCUCAGAAGGCAACAGUUCUUGGUACGAACGCUUUGUGCCUCAAGAACCCAUCUCCCAAACCUCAUCAGAGCAAUGAGCUCCACAUCAGAGGCCGACGCAGAGAGUGUUCUUAGAACCGUGACGCCAUCGCUCGACCCUAAACGACACAAAGGCCAAGCUGGGAAGAUAGCUGUGAUUGGAGGAUGUCGUGAAUACACUGGAGCUCCUUACUUUGCCGCCAUUUCUGCUCUCAAAAUCGGUGCUGAUUUGUCUCAUGUGUUCUGUACGAAAGACGCAGCUCCUGUUAUUAAGAGCUAUAGUCCUGAGCUUAUUGUUCACCCUGUUCUCGAGGAAUCUUACACCAUCAGUCAGUUAAGUGAGGAAGAGAAGAGAAAAGUCCAGGAUAAAGUGAUAGGAGAAGUGGAUAAAUGGAUGGAGAGAUUUGAUUGCCUUGUGAUUGGUCCUGGUUUGGGAAGGGAUCCUUUUCUCCUUGAAUGUGUGAGUAAGAUCAUGCUUGUUGCCAAGAAGUUUAAUGUUCCUUUUGUUGUAGAUGGGGACGGGCUGUUUCUUGUAACAAAUUCUAUUGAUCUUGUCAAGAGCUAUCCGCUUGCUGUGUUGACUCCAAAUGUGAACGAGUAUAAGCGUCUGGUUCAGAAGGUGCUGAACUGUGAAGUGGAUGAAGAGAAUGCUGAAGAUCAGUUACGUUCUUUGGCUAAACAGAUUGGUGGUGUAACGAUUCUGAGGAAAGGGAAAACUGAUCUUAUAAGCAAUGGGGAGAUAGUAAAAUCAGUGAGCAUAUAUGGUUCUCCAAGGAGAUGUGGUGGACAAGGUGAUAUUCUCUCUGGGAGUGUUGCAGUGUUUCUGUCAUGGGCGCAACAGCUUAAAUCAGGUCAAGUAAGUCCCUCUGAGAAUCCAUCCAUCUUGGGAUGCAUAGCUGCAUCAGGCCUGCUUAGAAAGGCUGCGUCUCUGGCUUUUACAAAGCAUAAGAGAUCAACUCUCACAGGCGACAUUAUUGAAUGUUUAGGGGAGAGUUUGGAGGAUAUCUGCCCUGCAUCAUAAUCUCCUGAACACAUGAACUAUGAGUUGGUCUUGCCUUCUACAGUUCUACUGCAUCUUGUCGUCUGUAAAAAAAAAAUUCAAAAGCUGUUCCUGUUUCUGUUCUUUUGUGGCUUUUUCCUCGGUACUGUUCUUCUCAGUAAUAAAAACAUGAAUGUUGUGAUUACCAAAUAAAGAUUUACUCAUGACGCA